AUGGCUUUCCGAGCCACGCACCUUUGCGGCCUGCUGGCCAUGGCCAUGGUGGCCCUACCCGAGUCGCUUUCUGUGGCCGCAUCGGUGAACGACCCGAAAGCUGACAAACCGCCGAUCGUCGGUGGCUGGACACCACUCCGGGAGCCCAACGACGAUGAUUUGGCAGUGUGGACGAAGGUCGUGAAGACUGUGAACACUGACUUGGCAAGCAAAGGGACUCCUCAGCAAGUUUCAACCCAAGUCGUGGCCGGGAUCAAGUACAAGUUCAUGUUCGAAGACGGGAGCAGCGUAACCGUUCUGAGCCAGCCGUGGACGGAUACCCUCGACGUGCUGGAGGUGCAGGAGCCAUAG